ACCGGCGGAGAAUCCCCACCUUCCGACAAUGAUGGCGACGAGCGCCCUGUUCGCAAGCAACUUAAAGAAACCUCCAUCGACUCUACCCACACGACCGUGAACGAGAACUCCAGCAGCCGCAAGCGCUCUUUCGAAGAAUCUCGUGACCACCAUGAUGACCCCUGCGAGAAUGGCGAAAGCCGACGAAAGCGAUCGCGAGAAGGCACACCGCAGUCUGGAAAUGUGAGUACCAACAACAUGCAAAACACCCUUUGGGCCUCCCUGGAUAUCGCCCAAGGCAACCUAUCACCCUCGCCCCUACCCUCUACAACCCCCGGAACCCCGUAUCAUGCGCCUGGGCUCGAUGAUCUCCUCGAUUAUGAGGAGUAUGAGCAAAACGAGGACGCAAUUAUGCCUCAAAGACGUGAUGAGCCUACGGACUGGUGCCUCCUUCAUGAUCGUCUCAACGAUCUGAAUGGCUAUCAAGCCUGGCUUUCAAAGCAGCACGAGCUUUAUGAGCGACAAGAGGAGCUUUUCGCGAAGGAACGAAAGCGUCUUCAGGACAAGGCGAAAUUUGGGGCGGAGCAGCGGAAACGCCUUGAGGAAGAGCAGAAAGAUGCCGAGGAGGCACGAAAUGAGCUUCAUGCGACACAAGACCUCCUUGACGAGUCAAAGAGGCGUCUGGACAAGACGCAGGACCGCCUUCGGCGCAAACAAGACCGCCUCUAUGAGGAUCAUGACCGUCUUGUCCGGAUCCAAGCGCAUUUCGAUGAAGAAUACGAGAUUUUGCACGAGCUGAUCGACGAAAUCCAACGGGAACAACCGCGAGUGGAGAGACGGAAAUCCAAGGUUCUCUUGGAAAAGUCAUUUCUUCAAGAGAAGCCGAAGUUCCUGAAAGAAGAUCAAAAGUCGCCCAGCCCAUCUCCCGAACCCCCCGGGACUCCUAAGACUCACAAGGCCUGGCCCGAAACUUCGUUCCCAAGGGCCAAUCGUUCAUCUCGUGACUGUCCAGGAAGCCCCGAGCCCUGGGUAGCAUCUCUGCUUCCUCAAAAUUCCUACCUCUACGUUCCUUACUCCGUUCCUUACUCCGGAAGCCCCAAAUUCCAGCCGACUGUCCAACUUGAACUAUCAGCUGAGUCUGUCCUGGAGAUCCUUCUCCGGAAAUCUCCAGUCGAUGGCGAUUUGUUGAACGUGAAAGUUGAAGAUGAUACUUCAACUAGCUCGUAUAACUCAACAUCUGUGUCCUCUUCUGGAAAGGAAUAUUCCAGCCCUAAUCCCCAAACCCCGCCGGAUACACACAAAGAAAUUUAUGAGACAAGUACCAACCCAAUGUUACAGGACCCGAUAUCAUCGACGAUCGAACCCACGCCCGGAAACAUGGACGACGAAUCGGCAAAGUAUCCGAAAAAGAAGAGAAGUCACGAACAGCUUGAGGACGCUUCAAAGAAAUCGGAUACAACGAAUGACUUAGCGCCAACCCCUGCUGGUCCUACCGAUGCGAAUUCCACUAUUGAUGGAGAGCCCGAGAAGAAGAAACAUCGUGAUAACUCACAGGAACGGGAUAUCAAGACUGACCAUGCAUUCGCUUCCAGCGCCUUUGGGAAGGCAGCCGCAUCUCCAUUCGCUUCGCUAAACAAGAUUCAGGAUUCAACUAAAGAUUCUCAAAAGCCCGCUUCUGCCUCUGCAUUCGCCUCGUCGAGUUUGGCCGCAUUUGCAGGCUCUGAAAGUUCUCCCUUCGGUGCACUAGGAGGCUCAACUCCCUCCGUCUUCACCCCCGCCUCCGGGACAAGCAGCUUUGCAACUCCCUCACUCUUCAGCUCCGCCGCCUCUGGCACAAACAGCUUUGCAGCCCCCUCUGGGACCUCUGGGUUCGGUGCCCUGGGAAGUGGGUUCACAGGUGUUGGUGGUGGAUUCGGUGCUGCUACUAAAGCUGGCGGCCUGACCAGUUUUGCGUCGAGCAAUGCUCCAGCCACACUGGGCGAAUCCAAGGCCAAGUCCUUUGGUGCUAAUGAUUCCGAUGCCGAUGAAAGCGACGCCAAUGAUGAUGAAAACACACACACAUUCGAGGCGUCCAAGACUGAUGAACGUUUCUACGCUCAGGACAUUCAAACCGGCGAAGAAGACGAAGAAACCGUUUUCUCCUGCAAGGCAAAGCUGUUCCAUUUCUCGAACAAGGAGUGGAAGGAGCGUGGCAUCGGCACUUUUAAAGUCAAUAUCCGCCAGAAUGCCGAUGGCAAGCCAACAGGCCGUAUGAUUAUGCGUGCUGAUGGCGCCAUGCGCGUGAUGUUGAAUAGCCCGAUUUUCAAGGGCAUGAACUAUGGGGAUGCGAAGAAUGAAGCCCCCAUUAAUAAGCAAAUCCUCCUGGCCAGCCUGGAAGAAGGCCGUACCAUUCCUCUGUUGUUGCGUGUAAGGUCACUCUCUCCUCUUUCCAAUGAAUAUACUGACCUGACUCUCCAGACUGGAAACGAGUCAUAUGCAAGAGAACUUUACGAUACCAUUGAUGAUCUACUGAAGGACGCAGAUGUAUGA